AUGGAAUUUCCAAAGGAUUUUUUAGAAAAUACUUCAAAACAUUUACUUUAUGUUCCGCCUGAACAAAAUAUUGCAAAAUUUAACCAACCAAAUCAAAAUUUUGUUCCUCCACAUUAUGUAGAUGAAUUUUACUUAAAUCAAUUUCCAAGAG